AUGGAGGGAAGUGGUGUGGCUCUAGCGCAAGGGACUGACCAGCCGGAGCGUCAGCCAAUCGAAGAGGAGGUUUUGGCAGUCAUCCAAAAGCCUGGUUUUCAAGCAGUGCCCCCUAGUGCUCUCACUAAAGACCUGGCAUCUGAUGAAGAGAUGGAAAUGGAAGAUCCUCUCCAGAUGCCGGUGGAAGACACGAUUCAGCCUGUCACCCAAAAGCCUGAUCUUCAAGCUCAAGCACCUAGCGCUCCCAUUAAAGACCUGGCAUCCGAUGAAGAGAUGGAAAUGGAAGAUCCUCUCCAGAUGCCGGUGGAAGACACGAUUCAGCCGAUUGUUUCCACUGAAACUACACAGCUGGCUUCCGUCCCUCCGCAUACUGAGGAGAAGAAGGAGGAGGUGGUAGAACCUCCUUCUAAUCUGGCCGAAGUAGAAUCACAUCCAGCGCCAGAGGCUACUGAACUAGUUGGCGGCAAGAAGGCAAAGAAGGGUGGCGGAGAUCGGAAGGGUACCUCGUCCUCCAGUGGCGAAAGCGCUGAACAACAGCAACAACAGCGGUCGCAUCAAGCGUCAGAGAGUGCUGAACCAGCCGAUGGUAAGAAGGCAAAGAAGACUGGCAGGAACCGAAAGGGUAACUCAUCGUCCAGUGGGGAAAGUGCAUCUGCCGUCACUCCUGCGGACGAACCGGUGAAGCAAAGUCCAACCCUUGAGGAGGAGCCAAACAGUGCUGUGCCUCCCAAAGGCCAACGACAGAAGAAGGGGAACAAGAGGACUUCCGAAAGCUCUGUUACUAAGGAUGAAGGUAAACAGCCCGAAAAAGUAACUCCCGGAGCACCAGUGGAGGAUGUCAUUCAAUCGGUUGCCGCAGCUGAAACCCUACAAUCAGCUCCCGUUCCCGGGGCUCUAGCGCCGGACUUGGCUUCCGAUGAGGAACUGGAGAUGGCAGAUCCUCUCGCCGAAGGUUUUACGCCUGUGUAUAAAUCACCAGAGGGAGAAAAAGAAGAACAACAGCCGUUGCCUCAAGCGUCAGAGAGUGCUGAACCAGCCGACGGCAAGAAGGCAAAGAAGCCUGGCAAGAACCGAAAUAGUACCUCUUCGUCCAGUGGGGAACAUGCACCUUCCACAACUCUUGUUGAGGAACCAAACAGUGCUUCGCAGCCCAAAGGCCAACGACAGAAGAAGGGGAGCAAAAGGACUUCCGAAAGCUCUGUCACUCACGAUGAGGGUAAACAGCAAGAACAGCAGAAAGCGGCCGAUCCUUCCCCCGAGGCGAAACCAGUGGAGGAUGUCAUUCAACCGGCCGCUGCCGCAGCUGAAACCCUACAGUCAGCUCCCGCUCCCGGGGCUCCACUGCCGGAUUUGGCAUCCGAUGAGGAGAUGGAGAUGGCAGAUCCUCUCGCCGAAAACUUUGCGCCGGUGGAAGAGCCUCUCCCAUCUGUCCAGUCCACUGCCGACUCUUCUCCUCCAAACCUGGAGCAGCCGGUUGAAAAAGCACGAACUGAACCGCAGGAAAAAAUCCCGGUGGCUGCUAAAAAAGACAAAAAAGACACUCACAGACAGAAGUCGAAAAGUGGUUCAGAAAGGGAGCCGAAGAAGGGACGACAGAGUCCGAAAGGGGCAUCUGUUGGUGACACGGCAGGCCCAGAUGAACCCAAAUCUGAGGGGUCCCAGAACAGUGGCGAGCAGGGCGCAGGAAAGAAGAAGUCGUCGCGAAAGGAAGAAAAACCGCGGGUGGAAAAGCAGUCGUCCGAUAGCAAGGUGAAACCGAAGCUGGAGGCAGGUGAAAAGGAGCCAGAGCCAGCAGUGGAGCCACUAGUCUCUGAACAGGUGACUACGGCUUUAGCAGCGGUGCCAGUGCCAGCUAGGAAAGCAGAAGAACAGUUUGCUACCAGCAAGCCGACCACCUCGCUCAGCGAAAUCGCUGACAAGCUGGAGGAAGUUGUGGAAAUUGCAACACAGAAGGAGCAGAAGUCGGCUGCUGCAGCUGCAGCUAAACAGAAGCCCGCUGGCAAGGCAACUCAGCAACAGCAGAAGAAGAAGCAGCAGCCAGAAAAGGUGCCGUCGGAGGCGCCUGUGGAGAGUGCAGACGGGCAGGUUCAGUCAGCUGCCGCCUCAAAGGCAGCAACCAAGGCGCCGAAGAAGACUCCAAAGCAGCAACAACAGCCGAAGAAGAAGGUUGCCAGCUCUCAGCCAAAGCCUGUGCAGGAGUCCGAGUGA